AUCCCAUCCUAGCUAGCCAGCAAGAAAACUCCCUCGGCCUCUUUAGCUUCCAAGUUGAUCCAGCUCUCCGGGUCCGGGCUCGAUCAGGGCAGGCGACGGUGACCCGCUCCGUCGAUCGAUGGCGUCGUCGAUGGUCUGCUUGAGCUCCAAGGACAAGGAGACGCCGCCUCCGCACAGGGCGUGGUGGACGGGGGAGACGGUGGCGGUGGUGACGGGCGCGAACCGCGGGAUCGGGCACGCGCUGGCGGCGCGGCUCGCGGAGCAGGGCCUGUCCGUGGUGCUCACGGCGCGGGACGAGACGCGCGGGGAGGCCGCGGCGGCUGCGCUCAGGGCGAGGGGACUCCGUGGCGCCGUGCGGUUCCGCCGGCUCGACGUCGCUGACCCGGCCUCCGUCGCCGCGUUCGCGUCGUGGGUGCGCGACGAGCUCGGCGGCCUCGACAUCCUGGUGAACAACGCUGGGGUAUCAUUCAACGAGAUCGACACCAAUUCAGUGGAGCACGCCGAGACAGUCCUCAGGACCAACUUCUACGGGGCCAAGAUGCUCACCGAGGCUCUCCUGCCGCUUUUCCGGCGAUCGCCUACGACCAGCCGGAUCCUGAACAUCAGCUCCCAGCUUGGCCUUCUGAACAAGGUGAGGGACCCGUCGCUGCGGAGCAUGCUGCUGGAGGAGCCCGCGCUGACCGAGGGCAGGAUCGAGCGGAUGGUGUCGCGGUUCCGGGCGGAGGUGGAGGACGGGACGUGGCGCGGCCGCGGGUGGCCCGAGGUGUGGACGGACUACGCGGUGUCAAAGCUGGCGCUCAACGCCUACUCCCGGCUCCUGGCGGCGCGGCUCGAGGGCCACGGGGUGAGCGUCAACUGCUUCUGCCCCGGGUUCACGCGGACGGACAUGACGCGGGGCUUCGGCCGCCGCACCGCCGAGGAGGCCGGCCGCGUCGCGGCCGAGCUCGCUCUGCUGCAACCCCGCGAGCUGCCCACCGGCAAGUUCUUCAAGUGGCGCACGCCGCAGCUCUACUCCAAGCUGUGACACGCAUGCGACAGCGGUGGCCGCUAGCUAGCUGAGCUGAGUGGUACGUUCGAGUGCAUGCGCAAAGUGCAUUACUGUGUGUAGGCUGAGGUGCAUCUGAUUUGAGCUGCACUUCCUGAAUUUGGCUUGUCGACGUUCCAUAAGAUAGUAUGCUUGCAAGUUACAGCUAUCGAUUAAAACUGC